UUCCUUUUUUCGUCGAUUUUGCAAAAUUUACUAUUUCUCGCUUGUAGUUGUUGUAAUUAACGGAGAAAAUCUCUGAAAAUGUGAACUUAUUUCAAAUGCGCUCGAUAUUUACCGCUUGACAUAUAUUUCAUAUUUUUGACAUUUUUGACGUUUAACAUAACCUCAAAAAAAAACUUCCCUCGGCCUUUCUGGUCUAAGAAUAUGUAAAAUUUGACACUAAGUUAAGUUCAUUAAUUUAUUUUAAUUUAUUUUUUGUUAUUUUUUUCUCUAAAGAAAAAUAGAAAGGGAGAAAUUUAUAAAAAAGAAUUUUUUUAAUUAAAUUUAUUCAAUUGAAGGAAUUGAAGUAAAUGAAGUGAAUUUACGAGAUUUACAACAAGAAAAAAAUUGUUAUCAGUUAAAAAAAAUAUGUUUACUCGUUUUUUAUGGAUUCUACCAAUUGUUGUCGGUGUUUAUGUUAUGAUUUCGAGUAAUUAUUUACUGUCAAUUGAAAAGUAUUUAACAAAGUGCCUCGACGAUUUUACACAGUUUAUUAAUGACGAUGAUGAUCAACAAAACAAUAACGACAAUGGAGUGAAAAAUGUUGUCAUUAAUAAUGAAGAGAGAAUUUGGACUCGUGAAGAAUUGGAGAAAUAUAAUAAUUUAGAAAAUGGAUUGUAUUUGGCAAUUUUGGGUAAUGUUUUUGAUGUUACAAAAGGAGUGAAACAUUAUGGACCCGGCGAAACUUAUUAUUCAUUUACUGGCCGCGAUGGUUCAUUGGCAUUUAUAACUGGAGAUUUUUCCGAAAAUGGAAUGAAAGACGAUAUUUCCAGUUUAACGCCGCAACAAGUAAAAGCUCUCAAUUCGUGGGUAGAUUUUUACAAAAAAUCCUAUUCUUACAAAGGCAAAUUAAUUGGAAAUUUUUACAAAUCCGAUGGAAGUCCAGCCGUUGGAUUUCACUAUCUCGAAGCAAAAUUAAAGCAAGCCGAAGAAAAUGAAUCGGCGGAAGCUGAGAAAAAUCGUAUUUUUCCCCCUUGUAAUGUCGAAUGGAAACCGGAAACUGGAUCUCGUGUUUGGUGCACAACUUCAAGUGGGGGAAUUUAUCGCGACUGGAGUGGAGUGCCAAGAAUGUAUUUUGAAAAUCCAUCAUCAAAACAACACCGUUGUGCCUGCGUGAAUCUCGAGAGUCGCGAAUAUCGCGAGAAUAAUGCAAAUUUUCGCGAAUUCAUCCAAUGCCCUCGAGAUUCUACUUCCUGUCAAAUUAUUCUUGAUAAUUGAUUUAUUCUCUAAGAAGAGAAAAAAAAAGUUUUGCCGUCCAUAGAUUUAAAAAAAAAAAAGAGUUAGAAAAAUAUUAAUGAGAGGAGAUGAAAAUAAAAGAGGGAAAAUUUACAAAAAGAGAGAAAAUAGGACUAAGAAUUGAACAAAAGUGCAAAAAGAAUGUUGAAAGUUUAUUAAUUUGUAAAUUUUAUUUAGAAAAGAAAAUGUAUAUAAAAGAUAUUCUAUUUACAAAAAAAAUAUUCAAAAAAGACUAUUUAAAAAUAUU